GCGCCGCGCGCGGGGACCAUCGGCCGGCGUUAACACCCGCGUGGGAGGCGAUGCUGAGCUACGAGCGUGAACUUUCAUCAUUCGAUCGGUAAGGUGGAGAUCGGCCCGGCCUUGCGGCGACGAGAGGGAGCACUAACGGGGGAUGAUUCCAGCGUAAUGACGAUCGGCCCGAAUUGUUGCGAUGGAAUAUGGGAUCUGGAGUCUUCACGUCGCGGGUGAACUUUGGGGUGACCCGCGUCUCGCCCGAAGGCAUCCGAUUCUGCCUUCCGGCGCGACGCAGAUCCUGCCAAGGGCCGCGUUCGCCCUGAGCGCACUGCACCGGCCCGACAUGCUGCCACUGCCGUUAACGGCUGCGGGGCCACCUUACGUCCCGAUGGAACUGGUCACGAAACCAGCCUCGGUCGCGUCCACCAAUGCCGAAGACGCUGAGGAUGGGGAGAAGAGCACGAACGGCGAAGAUGAAGAUCCUCAGCAGCGCGACGACAACGAAGGUAACAUCGAAAAGGCUGAUCAAAACGAAAAUCAGACUUGUGUGCCAAACGAAAAUAAUGACAACGAAGAUGUCGGUGACGAGAGCGAUACUGGUAGCACGAACAGUUCACAUCAAUCGGCAAACAACAAUCUAUCAAUCGCAAAGCUUCCCGAUCCGAUGUCAUGCCUGGCCCUCGACAAGGAAGGAACGGUGACACCUGUUUUAAACGGUUGGGUACUGGGUGCUUACACGGCGAUGCUGGGUAGACUAUCUGCCGCCACUGCGGCUUUAGAAGCAACGGAAGUUCCCAAUAUUCCUUCCGACAGUGAUUCCGAGAGCGAGCACUCAUCCUACACUGAAAAAUCGAGAGGCAGUAGUCCGAACGUAAACAGCGUUCAUCGUGGCUACUCGUGCGGUUCCUGCGACGUGGUGGCACCGACGAGACCGGCCCUAAGAAAACACAUAGCUGAUUGCCAUCCCGCUCUGUCCGGCACGGAGACCGGGGAAACCAAGAGGUGUCCGUCCACGGGUUGUGACUUCACGACGACUAGUAGGUGCGAGAUGGAAACCCACGUAGCGGCACAUGUAGCUCAAGGAAUGACGCCUACGGGGAAGAAACGUUCGUUGGCCUUGCAACGCGUCAGGUAUAGGUACGAAAGGGAGGAAUAUCGAUGCUCACUGUGCUCGUACGCAUGCACGAUCGAGAAGGCAUUUCAAAGACAUUUACGAGCGCACGCGAGAGGCUCCGCGCCGGAGACUAGGGUGAGCUGCGCUGUCUGCGGUGCCGACCGAUCAUCCGAGGUCGAUCUCAGCAGACACAUGCGAAGGCAUCGCGAUGAUCGAUACUUCUGCUGCGAUAUUUGCAUCUUCCGCACGGUGCAAUUGAAGAAGCUGAUACAGCAUCGUCGCAUGCACACGGGUGAGAAGCCACAUUUGUGCCCGCACUGCGCCUAUCGCAGCGCACGUCGCGACAAUCUACGCAGCCACGUACGACGAGUACACAAAAAGGAGAAUCUCUAUUGCGACACCUUCAGUCCGCGCGGCAUGCUGAUAACUCCCUCGCUGUUGGCCUCCUCGAGGGACACUACUGACGUCGACCUGGUGCAGAGCCCGGCAUCCUCGCCGUCUUCAAAUCCGGACGCGACCAACUAGCGAAAACGCUCUCGACGAACAAAGAAAAAGAGCAACGGCUUUGAGAGACCUGCGGAAACAGAAAUCUGGGACUCGCCUGUCCUUUAUACGUCCUCGUUUUGUCAAUACUGCGAUCUAGAUAUAUUAGAAUUUACAGGGAGACUUGUACACAAGUGCUGAACUUGGCAGACAAACGAAGGAGAAUUGCAAUCAAGUGAAAAUUAAACCUAACUUUUAAAGAAAAAUUGAGAAUUAUUCAUAAUUUCAU